AUGUCGAAAUCGUCUUCUCUGACACCGUUGGAUGCAAUUCUGUUGGGGCUUCCCGGUCUGAGCAGAAGACUGAUCCGGGGAAUGGCAGAGCUGAUGGAAAUCUCGUCCAUCUCAGACACAAUGUCGUCUGGUCCGACGCCUUUACUGAGCAAAACUCCAAUCACGCCAGCAACGACAGGGCUGGCCAUAGAUGUACCGCUCAAUGUUUGGACCUUGUUUAGGUUCGUUUGGCUGUUGGAAAGACUUUGCACCUCGACUCCGCUGGAGAAGAUGUUAACGCACUUUCCCCAGUUGGAGAAGCUCGCAAUCUUGUCCUGA